AUGAAAAAAACUACAUUAAGUGAUAACUGUAACAGUAGUCCGUGUGGUCACAAUGGGCAUUGUAUAAAUGUAAUCAACGGAUUUUAUUGCAAUUGUGAUGCUGGUUUUACCGGGGCUGACUGUUCAGGAAUUAUUGAUCCAUGUCAUCCAAACCCAUGCCUGAAUAGCGGAGAUUGCACUCCGGGUCAUGGCCUUGAUUUUACAUGUACAUGCGAAGAUGGUUUUACCGGAGAUAUUUGUGACUGUGAAACUGAUGACUGUGGAAUAGACACACCUUGUCAGAGCAACGCUCAAUGUAUUAAUACACUACAUGGACCUGGUACCACGUGUGUGUGUCCUGUUGGGAGAACAGGUGCCAACUGCGAAACAGAUAUAAAUGAGUGUGUUGGACACCCAGCUGGUAACUGUAUGAAUGGUGCUACCUGUAUAGAUUUAUUAGGAGAAUCUGUGUGUCAGUGUGCACCAGGGUACACUGGAUCAACCUGUCAAACAAAUAUCGAAGACUGUACGCCACAUAUUUGUAAAAAUGGUGGACAAUGUGUGGACGGCGUGAAUUCAGUAACAUGUCAUUGUGCCAGUGGUUUUGAAGGAGACUUCUGUGAAUGUGAAACUGAUGAUUGUUCAAGCUCGCCAUGUCAGGGUAAUUCUGAAUGUGUUAACACUAUUGGUGGACCUGGAUUUAUCUGUGUCUGUGCCGCAGGUUUAACAGGUACCCUUUGCCAAACAAAUAUCAAUGAAUGCUACCCAGAUUUAUGUUCUAAUGGUGCCACUUGUUUGGAUGAACAGGGUACGUUUGUUUGUCAGUGUGCUCCAGGCUUUACAGGAAUAACAUGUGGAGAAAACAUAGAUGAUUGUAGUAGUUCACCAUGUGAUAAUAAUGGAAUAUGUUGUGAUCGAGUUAAUGACUUCAGUUGUACUUGUCCACCUGGUUGGACAGGUAAAUCAUGUGAUGUUGAAAUUAAUGAAUGUGAACCUAACCCAUGUAUAAACGGGGGAAUCUGUGUCGACGAAUUUGACGGAUUCGAUUGUUAUUGUUGCCAUCCAUAUUUUGGUGAAAUGUGCGAAAACAAAAGAAUGAAAUACCAUGGUGGAAAACGUGGACAUAGAUUUGAUUAUUGGAGAAUAGGGAAACGUGGAAUAUCAACUGGUGAUUCAUGUAUUAAUUUCGAGCUAAGAGGAGGAGAAAGUCGUCAUUAUUAGUCAACAAAGUUCUACACGCAACUUUUAAAAGUUCUACACCGCACUUUCAAAAGUUCUACACCACACUUUCAAAAGUUCGAAUCUACAUCUCCCGUUCAAAAGUUCUACACCGCAAGUUAAAAACCCAGAUUCACAUUAAUCUUUGAUUAUUGUAACGACAAUAAAUUAUUACCAUAAACUUUUUUUUAAUCCUAGCUACCAUAUUACAUUGCCACUUUAUCAACAAUCCACAUUUCUGAACAGGAACUGGGCUCAAGCGCCUCUCAUCAUGCUGUUCUGGCGCCAUGUUUGGUACCUGGUGCAUAUAAAACGACCAUGCUUGUUCUACUUACCCGCCUCCCCGAAGCCGCCAUACCCAUCCCCAAU